ACCCAAUCCAGCUAACCUUAAUGCAUGGCUAGCAAAUAGGCACGCUCUUAACACUGAACUUGUACUUGACACUAGGCUCCCGUGUCACGCAUAGUAGGCCAGGACUUGAUGUCUCUAGUCUACCGGAUGAAGUACACAUUUUAUUCCUCACUUUGGCAGUGAACGUCAACGAGUGCACCGAACGUCUUGUGUGAGUAUAGAAUUAAUCGAAUUCGAAAAUGGAGGCCACUUACCGGCAGGAACGGGAAUGGCUCAAUGGUCGCGGUCCCAAUAAUGGCUAUGGUACUGCUAACUAUGGGGACUACGGCAACUAUCGCGGCAUUGGCAGCUUUUCCGGCCAAUCGGGCCAAUCCCAGAUCCCGAAUCAGAGCUACAUGGGUCGCACUUUGAGCGGCUUGACCCCCUGGGCCAUGCCCUCCAUGUCCCUCCAAUCCUCUGCCGCCCCCCAGGCCAACUCUAACUGGAGCCGCGACAGACCCAUCUGGAACAACGAAACGCGUCGUGAGCCAGUAAACACCAUCAACCGCUCGUGGCCCAGCACCGGUGGUCCACUUAACGGCGGCCCUUCCAACGGCAGCCAGUGGUCCACUGCAAACCCAAAAGUGCAGUCCGUGCAGGUGCCGUCAGAGGACAGGGGCCUGCCGGACCACAUUCGCAAGGAGCUUUCGCACCUUAGCGCCGCCAAGCGCAAGUUGUUCUAUCGCUAUCUGGACGGCGGCUGCAGCAAUGAGAAGGCCCUCGCCAAGGCCUUGGAAAAACGCACCACUCCAUACGAAGAGUCAGUUUCGGCUAACCGCGGACGCAGGCGUCCGGAGCAGCCAGUUCCGGAUGAACGCGCCCGCAAGCGUCCGAAUGAAAACAACUCGUCGGGCGGCAGGGCCAGAGAGGAACCCAAGAAGCCGAGGGCCCCAGAGCCGUCUUCACGGGCACUAAGCACGAAGCAGAAUGGUCUUACCAUGGCAAUUAUGGCAGAAACUUAUCCGGAUUGCUUGCUGACUAAUAAGCAACUGCAUGAGAUCGAAGACGGCUUGGUGGAGGAAAUGAAAAAGGGUUGGAAGUCCAGCAUCAACUUUGCGGGCAUCCAAUUCCUCUCUGGACUGAUCCAAAUUGUCUGCAUGGACAAGAACUCCCGCCAAUGGCUGGAGCAUGCGGUUCACAACCUUACGGUUUUACCAGGGACUAAACUAAUUUGUUGUCCGGAGGAUGAGAUUCCUGCCACCAAGGGAAUCUCGGUCUACGUACCGCGCUCAGCUGAAGAGCCCGAUGAGGUCACUUUUGAACUUCUGAAAGACCAGAAUACCGACCUCCUGUCGAAGACUUGGGAAGUCGGUCGUAUUAGCAAGAGCAAAGACGGCAAGACGGUGGCCAUCAGCAUUGGCAGCAAGUCAUACAGCCUGCUGCAGAAGAACGACUUUUGUCUUAGCUACCGUUUCAACCAGCUCACUUGCCGCGCAAUAAGUGGCAAGGAAGCCCUCAAGGCGGUUCGCGGUAACAAACCGGCGGCUACCAAGACGAAUUCAGAGACUGAGGCUGCCGAGUCCACCGUCGACUCAGCUGAAAUUGACCUAACCGAGGAGGACGGAGAAGAGUUUAUUUCUCAACUUGACCUGACCGUUGUGGACGAGGUGAAGGGAGAUGAUGAUGAUGAUGAAGAGGAAGAGGAAGAGGAGAAUGAAGAUGAGAAUGAGAUAACCGAAGUUGAAGACGAUGUAGAAGAAAUAGUCGAAGAUCAACAAGAUGAUGUGGAGAUCGUUGAAGCCGAUCAAGGCGUAGAGCACGACGAUGUACAGAUCGUUGAAGGGGAGCACGAUGAAGAGGAGAGCAAUGAUGACGCUGCUGAAGGGGAGCACGAUGAAGAGGAGAGCAAUGAUGACGCUGCUGAAGGGGAGCACGAUGAAGAGGAGAAUGAUGACAAUGCCGAAGCAGAGCGCGACGAGGCAUUCGAAGUGGCGGAGGAUGCUGGGGAAGAGCAUCAUGAUUAGGAGGAGAAUGGCAAUGCAGAGGUGGUUGUAGGUGAGACAUGCUUCUCGUAAGUAUGCCUCAUUGAUGCACCACGGCUAAAAGGGGAUCUCAUGGCAUAAUUGAAGUGCAGCAUACAAAUAGGAACAUUUUAAACUGAACACACUAAACAUAUUUGACAUUAAAAUUUAGCGGCAAGAAACUCGGGGGACAAGACACACAUGGACAUCAGUUUCGUGCGACUAAGUGACUUCUUACUGCAGUAUCUGGACAUACUGUCUCACAUUUAGAUUAUGCAUCAUAUUAUGAAAUACACCAAAGAAACAUGUAAUAUGUUUUUCAAUAAACUGUUGUCACAUUUAAAAUCAA